GGCUCCGACCAAACUCUCCGUCUAAUGUCACCCAGUCGCGAUCGCGGUGUGCCGUGAGAUAAGCUUUCGAUGGCUGCGUCUUGUGGGUGGACGUGACGGCGCCCCGAUGGCCCUUUUGAAUUUCUCAGCGACGCCGCCCUUCGUGGCGACGCCCAACCCCCCAAUCCCCAGUUUCUACCAACCGCCGGUGCCCUACUCGUACCCCGUGCCCCAGAAGCCCUUCGUCAGGGAGGACUUCGGCGCGCAAGGGGGGCAUCCGGGUUAUACCAAAGUUACCGAUGAUGGUACUAAGACUAAAGUGCACGCGGUUAUCGAUUAUGAUUACGACGAUGAGGAGGAGGAACUGCCCCCGGUUACCCCCAUUCAAGGGCCGAUUUUCAUUAAAAAUGGUUCUGUUCCUGUCGUGCCGCUUUACUCACAUCCGGUGCUCAACAAUGGCACUUUCGUGCAGAUUCCCAUAUUAUGGACGGCGUUAUCCGUCGCCUUAGGUUUAGAAUUACGCGGCGAGUACAUUCGUGGCGUCCCCUGUAUAAAACGUCACCAGCAAUUGUUCUGCCCCACGGCGGGAAAUUCCUAUCCAUUAGAUCGUAUAGAGUUAUUCAUAGACGAGAACAAGGCACUGAUGAAGAGGAUGUACGGGGAGUUCGACAUGGGAAGCCCCGGCGGUGAAUACGGACCUGGCCGGAAAAGGAAAAGGUCGACAAAGCCGGGCGUGCCGGAUCUGCACUUCGAUCCCGGACCGGAUCCGGGCGGAAAACCCGGAGGAGACUCUUUUUUUAGCCAAAUCAGAAACACAAGACAGAAUUUUCGCAACAACCAGAGCUCGGAAAGCGGCCGAAUCGACGCCUGCGAGAGCAAAGUCGAAAUCGUGACGCCGUAUUGGGCCUCGAAUUCCGCCGGAAAAAUCCGGGCGAUCGUCAACACGCAGCAUUUCGAACAAGCGAUACAUCAGGAAGUGUGCGCAAAAGUGAGGACGAAUCGCUGUUCGGGCGACUGCGGAUGCGAGCAGAAGUACAAGUGGCACCGGCUGCUGGCCUAUGAUCCGGAUAACGACUGUAAAGGCAUUUUUAUGGAUUGGUUCCUAUUUCCGUCUUGUUGCGUGUGUCGAUGCAACCCGACUUAACUAAUUUCAAACAUUCACAAAUAUAGGCUUUCGGGGAGUAGAGCACGGGCGGGGCUAAACCAAGCCACGCCCAUGCACCUACUUAGGAAAUUUAAUACUCAAUGUGCCAAAUUCACAUCCCUACUAACUCCUUCCAUAAAAUUAUUAUUGAUACAAAGAAAAUGUGCAAUCAAUUCGUGACUGAUCUUGUAAUUUUUAUCUAACGUACCAGUCAGUCUUGUUCUCGGUUACGAGUUUCUAGUUACCACUUAGAAGUAUUUUAUGAGUUAUUAGGUUAUUUAUAAAAUGUAUAAAAAUAUUUGAUUAAUGUCAUAAGUUGUAGCAGAUGGCUGCCAUUUUGUAAUAAAUUAUUUGUAAAAUAAAUACACGAUCACUGUCUAA